GACGUUGCUUGUCAAACGAACUCGUACGUUCCCGCUCGUUCGUAUCUGUUAUCGUCGGUUUAUACGCACGAUCGCGUUAUUCCGGCGCGCGGCAGGAAAUAUGAUAAUUACCCGUAUGGUUUAGUCCACGCCGUUUGAUAAUAACAUGCUGUUAAUAUAUGAUAAGCUGCGCAAGUCUGCAGACUGCUUUAACGUAAGACUCGCCGGGCUAAUAAUCGUCAACGGAUCGCGAAGGAUUCACGAUCGCGAGGAAGCGUUAAAAAUGAUACAUGUGUCAUUGUAGAGUAAUCUAAUAAUCUCUCCGCUUGGCCUCGACAAGAGUUUCAUUUUAUUUUUACGAGUGUGCUAUAAGAACCAGCUAAUAUGACUGGAAUAUAUCACUUGGGAUUAUACUUAUUAUUAUUGGAAAGUUGCAUUGGCAAUUAUGCCAGAUGGGAUAUGCAACUGCUAUGCUCGGAUUUAUAUCCACGAGUAUUCACGAGUUAUUUACCUCGUGGCAAUUUGACUGGUGGAACUUACACGCAGCAAAUUCAAUUGUCCAAUUUACAGGACUGUGUUAUGGCCUGUUGCAAGAAACCUCUGUGUAAUGUAGCAUUCAUGCACAAUAAUACAUGUUAUCAUGUAGAAUGCGAUAAUUCCAUGGUGUGUGUGCCAUUGUAUAGACCAGAAUUAGCAAACGAUAAUCCACCGAGCAUGGUACUGGUCAGACCUGUGGAGAAUAACAAAAUAUGGAGUGACUUCUUAGAUCAAGUUAACGAUGACACUGUUGGGACAUUGAGUACAGAUGGCACAGAACAGGAUCAAAUGUUAUUUAAUGAAGCAAACAAAAUCAGUUGUAUAGAUCAAUCAGGAUGUCUAGAUAACGAAAUUUGUGUAAAACACGGGGAAACUGAUGUUGGAACUUGUCAAUGUCCUUUAGGCUUCAAACGGAAUAUCGCUGGUACUUGUAUAAUGAUGCAUGAAAUGAAUACUGCUGAACUUGGUGUAACACCAGAAGCAAAAUCUCAAACUAUAAAAGACACUAAUACAUCAAUUAAACCAACUAUGAAACAAUUGUUAGUCUCAGCAGUUUCUAAGGAAGUGAGAUUACCAGAAAAUGAAGUUACAUUGUCUGCGUAUACAGUUCGCAGUCAACCAGAAGGACACACUGGAACAAUGACAGAUCAGAAUCGUGUUACCGUUAAAUUAAGUAAUUUAUCAGAAGGCUUAUAUACAUUUAAAGUAGCUGUAAGCAGUCCAAAUGCUUAUGGAGAAGCUUAUGCCAAUGUCAGUGUUUUACCUCCAAAACGUAUCAACCAAGCACCAAUUGCUAUAAUUACUCCUGCUUCGCAAAUUGUGAAAUUACCGAAUACAGGCGCGGUCUUAGAUGGUUCAAAUAGUAAGGAUGAUGAUCGUGUCAUUUCUUAUCAUUGGGAAUUGCAACAAGGCCCCAUUGGAUAUCAGCCUAACCUUGUAGAUACACCCACGCUUCAACUUAAUAAUCUUAUUGCUGGCAAUUACACAUUCAAAUUAACAGUCGAAGAUUCAGAUCAUGUUACAAAUUCGACAAAUGCCAAUAUAACUGUUUUGAAAGUGACCGACUAUCCUCCCAGUGCAAAUGCAGGACAAGAUGUUAUCAUUUAUCUACCUCAAAAUACACUGACGCUUAAUGGUAACUUAAGUACUGACGAUCGAGGAAUAGCCAGUUGGGAAUGGACGAAAAGUCCAUCCGAUCAGAAUAAAGCAGUAGAUAUGCAAAACACAAGAACACCUUAUUUACAAUUAUCAAAUUUAGAGGAAGGAAUGUAUACAUUUGUACUUAAAGUAACAGAUGAUUCAGAGCAAUCUUCCUUGGCAGAAGUACAUGUUUUCGUAAAACCUCCAACAAAUAAACCACCAAAAGCCGACGCAGGUGACGAUAUAAGCAUAGCAUUGCCAAUAACACGCGCUGUUCUAAAUGGUACAAAAAGUAAGGAUGAUAUAAAGAUUGUUUUGUACCAUUGGGAACAAAUAAGUGGACCUAACAACGCAGAAUUUGCCACAGUCAAUGAGUCUGUUACAAACAUUACAAAAUUAACAAAGGGCGAUUAUGUAUUCAAACUGACUGUUGUUGAUGACAAUGGAAAUGCAGAUUGGGAUACAGUCAAUGUGAAGGUAACACAAAAUAAAAACGCGCCUCCAAAAGCGAAUGCCGGUGGCGAUCAAGUUGUGACAGCACCGAUCACUGCAUUAAUCAUCAAUGGUUCACAAUCGAGUGAUGAUCUAAGGAUAGGACAAUGGCUGUGGACCAGAGAUCAAUCUAGUCUUGCGAUUGGUACUAUAAUUCAGGACACGGACAAAUCACCAGUCUUAAUGCUAACGGACGUAGUUCCUGGUCGUUAUGUUUUUCGAUUAAAAGUAACAGAUGAUCAAGGUUUAAGCAGUGAAGAUACUGUAUCAGUAAUUGUAAAACCUGAUCCACAGUUGUUACAUUUAGUAGAACUAACGCUAAACAUUGGGGCUAGCAUGUUAACUGUUUCACAGAAAAAUUCAUUAGUAGUGAAACUACAGAUGUUACUACGAGACGAAGCUUCGAUUGUCGUGCGAAAUUUGAGGACCGAACCUCAUACUGGAAAGGCUGUCUUAGUGUUUUAUGUAGAAAAGAAAGGAGGAAAGACAACAUUACCAGGUCCAGAAGUAGUUAAAAGACUGAAAGAAAAGUUACUCCAAGAUUCUGGUCUUUUACAAUUAUCAGUGGCUAACAUAGAUACUGCUGUAUGCCAAAACAAUUGUUCAGGUCACGGUGUAUGCCAUCAAGAAACAAGACAAUGCCUGUGUGAAGCAUUUUGGAUGCAAAACUUAAUACAAAAGUAUUUUGGUAAUGGCGACUCUAAUUGUGAUUGGAGUAUUCUGUAUGUGAUAAUAGCAUUGUUAUCAUUAGUUGUAUGCUGGGUUGGACUUAUUUGGGGAUUUGUCUGUUUGUGCCAGAGAAUAUGUGCCGGUAGAAGACGUUCACUUCGGCCUAAGAAGAAACCAGCACGUUAUUCUUUGCUACAACCAGAGCCAGAAGAUGACAGCAGCGCAUUUUCAACUUACAACAAGAUGGUGUUAUCAGAAUCCGACACUGAUUCUGACGAUGUAUUAUUUGAGCAUCGUAAGAGUAAAAGCGGUAGUCAUAUAAGAAAUGGUAAAUCUCGAAAUGGAUUUAUCAAAGUUGGUUCCCGAGUAAAGACAUGAGAAAUACAAUGAUAAUGCAAAGAUAAAUAGCGCACAGUCGUAUGAAUUUGGCCAAACUUAAAAUACUAGUCAUGAAGGUGUAAAUUGUGACUUAUGUACCUUAUGAGAAUGAUACAAUUGCUUCUCCAAAAUCGGUAUUGGUAAGAAUGUUCUAAGAAGGAAGAUGGAGUCCAAGCAUAUUGUUUAUAGUUACGCGAGAAUAAUAACUUCACAAUCUACGUCACAUUACUUAAUUCUAAUUUUAAGUAUUAAUCAAUUUUAUUCUGUAUUUUUAUUAUUGUGAUCUUAAUAGCGCCAUUGAUUACCGACCCGACGAUAUAAGCAUAUCGUCAAACUAUUGAGAGCUUGUCCAAGUAUUAUAUUAUGGCCUUAGAAAGUAUUUAAAUUUUAAAGUCGAUAUGUAUCAAACACUAUUAUAUCUAUAUGUCGUUUAUAUGUACUGCGCUUACUCUUUAAUAUGUACAUUAUUGAUCUUAUUUUUACACUAUAUGGAUACUAAAUAAAAUUUAUUAUCCAUAC